UUUUCUCCCUCUCUUUCUCUCAUUUUUAACAACAAAAACAACAACAACAACAAACCAUAUGAUCAUUUAAAGUUGACUUUAAUUUACUUGUAUAGGAUUUUAAAAAAUUAAGAAAUGAGUCUUUCUGCAAAAGAAGUUCAAUGGUCACCAGUACAUAAUAAUAAAUUUAUUACCUGGGGAACUGAAAUAUGCCUGUAUGAAGUUGGUCCUCUCAAGGAAAUUGUUCGUCAAUCAUGUAUUAAAAUAAGUGAGAAAACAGUUGCUCAUUUAUUGGCAACAAAUACAAAUCAUCAAUAUAUAAAAUGUAUUGAUAUUUAUCCACAACCAGAACCAGAUAUAUUACUUGCUGUUGGUCAAGCUAAUGGUAAAGUUGUACUAACAACAUUUGGACCAACAGCAUUUGAUUCACUUGGUUUAACUGGCAAAGAAUUAACUCCAAAACAUGCAAGAUGUUGUAAUGCAGUAUCAUGGAAUCCAGUUGAUCCAAAUUUAAUUGUAUGUGGUUUAGAUAAAUAUCGUUCAGAUCAUUCAAUAUUAUUAUGGGAUGUAUUAAAAUUACCAAGUACUAAUCAUUCAAAUAAUAAUAAUGGACAAACAACAGAUAUUUCAACAUCAACAACAUCAACAAUAAUACGUCCAAUUGCUGAAGCUUGUAUAUCAGAAACAGCACAUUCAAUUGCUUGGUUUAAUAAUGAAUCACGUUGUCUUAUUGCUGGUCUUAAUAAUAAAUAUUUAAAAAUGAUUGAUUUUCGUGAUUCAAAUAAAAUUGUUAAUACAACAUCAUCAAAAGCUGUAUAUAGUGUUGCUAUUAAUCCACAUAAUUAUUAUCAUCUUGUAUCACAUUAUGAUAAUCAAAUAACAAUAUGGGAUACAAGAUAUUUUGAAAAACCAUUAUUAACUUUAACACAAAAUCGUCCAAUAAUUAAAGUAUUAUGGUGUCCAACAAGACGUAAUUUAUUGGGUUCAUUACAAAAAGAUUCAAAUGUACUUCAUUUACAUGAUAUACAACAUUGUGGAUCAGCUGUUGGUGCUGAUGAAACUGAACCAGGUGCACUUGAACGUACAGUUGCACCACCAUCAUGGUUAUCACCAACAAGUUUUUCAUGGCAUCCAAAUAAUAUUAAUAGAUUAUUAGGUCUAUCAAUAAAAGGUACAACUGAUUAUACUGUUUGUGAAAGAAUAACAUUAAAUUGGUCAACACGUUCACAUUUAUCAUGGAAUCAUGCAUCAAAAACAUUUAAAUAUGUCAGUAGUAGUGAUAGUAUUUAUGAUACAUUUGAUGAUAUUGCAAUAUUAACUAAAAAACGUGCAAUAUCAGAGUAUGGUUUAUUAUCGGAAUUGGCAUCAAAUGGUGAACUUGCUGAAAAUAAUGGAUUAAAAAAUUUAUGGCAAUGGUUAUAUUUAAGUCGUUCAUUGGUUGAAGAUGGAACAAUAAUAUCACAUGAUAAUAAACAUCCAGGUGUUAGAAGUGUUCUUAAACUUGAUGAUGCACAAUUUUACAACAACAACAAUAUAAAUAACAUAAUAAAUAAUAACAAUAGCAGUGGUGGUGGAUUUAUUAAAUCAGAUAUUGUUAAUAGAUUAUGGAUUGAUAUUGGUUCAAUAAAUCAUACAGCUAAAAUAUAUAAAUCAUCUGAUCGUGAUAAAGCAUUACAGCUAUGUGGUUGGAAAUUUGAACAAAAAGAAUCAUCAUCAAUAAAUACAUAUCAUAAUAAUGUAUUUUUAGAAAGAUUAGAAAGAGAAGGUGCAUAUGCACGUGCAACAGCAAUAUCUGUAUUUAAUCUUUGUUUACGACAAGCAAUUGAUAUAUUAAAUCGUGGUGCUGCUAAAUUAAAUGAAUCAACAAAUUUAAAUAUUGUUGCAAUGGCAUUAUCUGGUUAUUCAGAGGAUAAAAAUAGUAUGUGGCGUGAAUUAUGUUUAAAAUCAAUAAAUCAAUUGACUGAUCCAUAUUUAAGAGCAACAUUUUCAUUUUUAACUGCUGAUAAUGAUUCAUAUGAUAAUGUUCUAAAUGAAAAUGGUAUUGCUGUUGAGGAUCGUGUUGGUUUUGCAUUAAUGUUUUUAUCUGAUUCAAAAUUAAUUGAUUAUUUAAAACGUAUGACAAUUAAAUUAACAAAUGAAGGUAAUUUAGCAUGUUUUUUAUUAACUGGUGCAACACAAGAUGGUAUUAAAUUAUUAAAUAAAUAUCUUGAUGUUACUGGUGAUGUACAAAGUUGUUGUUUAAUAGCAAUACGUGCAUUAUCAUCAAAAUUAUUACAAGAUAAUUCCGUACAAUCAUGGAUAAAUAAUUAUCGUUCAUUAUUAGAUGCAUGGAAAAUGUGGAAUCAACGUGCACAUUUUGAUAUUAUAAUGAGAUUAUCAACAAAUGAAAAACCACCACAACAAGUUUAUAUAUCAUGUAAUUUUUGUGGUAAAAGUAUAUCAGCAUUUAUGCAAGGUUUAAGAGGACCAUUUGGUAGACUUGGUGGUACAUCAAAUAAAUUAAAAAUGUCAUCUUGUCCAAAUUGUCGUAAACCAUUACCAAGAUGUGCUAUUUGUUUAAUGCACAUGGGUACAGUUAGUGGUUUUCAAAUGCCAAAUGCUGCUGCUGCUGUUGCUGCUGCCGCUGCUGCUGCUGCAUCAUUAUCAUCAUCAUCAUCAUUAUCAUUAUCAUCAUCAUCAUCAUUAGCUGCAGCAGCAGCAGCAGCAGUUGCUGCAGCUACAGCUGCUGCUGCAGUUACAACAACCAACACUACUGCUACUGCUACUGCCACUGCCACCACCACCACCACAUCAUCAGCAUCAUCAUCAUCAUUGUCAUCAUCAUCAUCUUUGUCAUUAUCAACAACAACAGCAAUUGCAGCAGCAGCAGCAUCACUUGCUAAUCGUAAAAAUGAUGAUGGUAAAUUAACUGAAUUUGGUAAUUGGUUUACAUGGUGUCAAACAUGUAGACACGGUGGUCAUACUGAACAUAUAACUCAUUGGUUCAGACAACACACUGAAUGUCCAGUGACAUCUUGUACAUGUAGAUGUUUUUCACUUGAUCCAUUAUAAUUUUAUUAUUUUUAUUUUUGUGCCAAUAAGUAAUUGUAUUUAUUUUUUUUUUGUGUAAAAAUAAUAUUUAAUUUUUAAAAUGUUAAAAAAUUCGAAUGAUAAAAGGGCGGUUAGUCUAAAACGGAUGUUAUGAUUAAUUUUUUUAUUGACACAAA